AUGAAGAAAACAGGCCUGACACGGAUUGAAGUACAAGCUUGCAAGAGGCGGGCUAACCUUAAGCGCAGAGUAGCCUGGAGCAACCUUCGCAGUAGCUAUUUAUUGAGACGUUACAUGACAGUUCUCGUGCCUGUGGACGUGCCGGGCGGACGGCGGCCCGUGCGCAGCGGUGUCAGGCUGGUACCACGGGCAAGGCGGCGGCCACUGCGGCUGAGGCUGCUGAGGGGGCAGUUGCGGCUCUUGGUGCCGCAGCCCGAGCGCUGCGCGGGGGCCCACCUGGGAGCCCAUUUUGCAUUUAGGUCUCGCUGGCAGACGGAUGAUGAACUCUGUCGACACAGCAUGUCCUUCAUUCUUCAUAAAGCCAUUCGCAAUGACUUCUUUCAGAGCUAUCUGUACCUGCUGGAAAAAAUUCCCCUGGUGAAAUUGUAUGCUUUAACAAGUCAAAUGAUCAAUGGUGAGAUGCAGUUUUAUGCCAGAGCUAAGCUUUUCUACCAGGAAGCACCGGCCAUAGAAGAGGGUAUGAUGGGAAAUUUCAUUGAACUGUCUAGCCCAGAUAUUCAAGCCUCUCGGGAAUUUCUUAGGAAAUUUGUUGGGGAUUCCGGGAGAGCUGGAACGGACUGCGCCUUAGACUGUGGCUCUGGGAUAGGAAGGGUGAGCAAGCAUGUCUUGUUGCCAAUUUUCAACAGCGUGGAACUUGUGGACAUGAUGGAAUCUUUCCUCCUUGAAGCCCAGAACUACCUUCAGGUCACAGGAGACAAGGUAGAGAGCUACCACUGCUACAGCCUACAGGAAUUCACACCUCUGUUUGGGAGAUACGAUGUCAUCUGGAUUCAGUGGGUCUCUGGGCACCUGACUGAUAAGGACCUUCUUGCAUUUCUUUCCCGGUGCCGAGAUGGCUUGAAAGAAAAUGGCGUCAUCAUUCUGAAGGACAAUGUGGCACGGGAGGGCUGUGUCUUGGAUCUCUCUGACAGCAGUGUGACCUGGGACAUGGACAUCUUCCGGAGCCUCAUUAGGAAGAGUGGGCUGGUGGUGCUGAGCCAGGAGAAGCAGGAGGGCUUCCCAGAGCAGUGCAUCCCGGUGUGGAUGUUCGCACUGCACAACGAUGGACACUCCUGAAAUGCAGUGGGAAUGAAUGACUGGACUGGACAGGCAAUGGGGCUUUGGGCCCUGGUGCUGUCCUUUCCAGGUGCCCCUCACAGUGCAGUGCUUGUCAUGUGGCCAGAUCCUAAGAGAUGAAUUUAAUGAAGAGGAUCACAUGAAUUUUCCCAGGAAGGCCUGCUGCUUCUAGGCCUAAGAAGCCAGGGCUCCUCUCC